CAGCCUUUGUUGAACAAGAAAAUGGUCAACAAACCUCACGCUCCCAGGAGCAGUAAUAAGUCCGGCAAGAAGACUGCCUCGACCGCCGCGACCGCGAACGGCGAAGACACCAGCUACAUCGUAUUCUCCAACGGCAAAGACUCGAAGAAGACCAAGGCCACCCCUCCGGCCGCAAGCAGUUCUGCAGCCCCUGCUAAGGGCAAGGGCAAGAAUGCUGCUCCCGAGCUGGAUGUCGCCGGCGAUCCCGUCAAGAAACCCGAUACACGAACCCUGAUCGGCGGUCAAUCAUGGACAGGAAAACUCCCCGUCAACAUGCUCUCCGAGCACUGUCAGAAGCAGAAAUGGGAAAAGCCGGAGUACACUAUGCACCGCUCGUCAGAUCCACCAGGCCAGAUCUCGUCUGUCAUUCUACGCUGGAAGAACCCCAAGACUCAGGAGAUGGUUUCACUACCACCCAUGUCGCUUCCUCCAGCGAAGAGGGCGUUGGGCGUACAAGAGUCUGCCGUGGAGGCUAGACAUUUCGCUGCUACAUAUGCGCUAUACCGCGUCGCCAACGCGAAAAACUUGCACAUGAUGAUGCCGCCAAACUACCGCGACUUGUGGAAGGGCGAGUUCGCAGACAUGAGAAAGGAGGCAACAAAAGAAGGCAUGGGCUGGUUAUAUGCUGCGGAUCCUUUCCAAGCACGAAAAGAAUGGGACGAUGAAAGAGCCGCGAAAGACAAGAAGAGACAGGAAAUCGAAAAGCAGAGGGAGGCGGAGAAGAAGGAUAACAGCACCCCUGGAGUCAACAAGAAUCCCGGAAAGGGCUGGACACGAGCACCGAAGGUUGAGAUGGGCAAGAAGAUGCGUAGGGAUGUUGAGGCUUUGGUCAGACAGGCUGCUCUCUGGAAUCCGCACGGUGUCACUCUGUCCAACGGCGAGAAGAAGCACAUUGUUCAGGACUUGACGAAACUAGGCUUCCGUCCCUCUCACAUCGAGGAAGCUGUGGAAAUCUGCAAGGAUCGCGAAGAGACUAUUGAAUGGCUUUUGAUUCAUGUUCCGGAAGACGACUUGCCCAAAUGGAGUUUGCCAGAAAAUUACUCUGCUGGUGUCUCCAUGGCCAGUAGCGAUCUUGCUCGUGAAGGCAAGCUAAAACGUCUUGCGAUUACUGGUUACGCUAUGGAGCUUUGCGAAGAAGCACUGGAUGCAUCUUCAGGAGACGAAGCUGGAGCAGCAGAAAGACUACAGCAUAGACUUCUCGGAAGCCUGGAUUCAUCAUCCCUAUCGUCAACAACAGAGAGUUUGAACAUCGCCGAUGACGCCGAUGUAUGGGAUGAAGAGCAAGUCAUUCUGGCUUCCAUAUACAGCGACCGAUACAAGGCAACCAAGAGCUCUUGUCAAAUAGUCCUGGAGGUGGCCGAGAAGCCCAAAGAGCGCAUCGUUCUUCAUGCACGAAAGCCCGCAUCUGGAUACCCUGAUGUCGUUCCUGUCCUCUCCAUCGAAGCCGCACUACCUGCAUACAUCCGCUUGAGCAUCUUGAAGCAAGCUUUGCUUCAAGCACAAUCCGACUUUCUAGGCGAGCAAAUGCUGUUCAAUCUCAUUGACUGGCUAGAACAUGAGAUUCCGAAUAUCAUUGCUAAUCCUGGUAGACUCAGUAGCAUUGCUUCGGUUUCCUCUACUUCAGCUGAGCCCGACUCGGAAACCUCAGGUCGCAGACGUCAACGUCCUAGACGUAUGCCUCGACCCAUCAAUUGGCAGCCAUCAUCGCAGCAAAGCCAAAGGAUUCUUGCGGACUGGCAAGCCAGGCAAAAGACUGCCGCGCAAGUGCGCAUGAUGGCAGCAAGACAAUCAUUACCUGCUUGGAAACUACGAAACGCCAUUGUCGAAGCUGUUACAUCUUCUCAGGUCACCAUUAUCUCUGGUGAAACUGGUUCAGGAAAGUCUACUCAGUCUGUUCAAUUCGUCCUUGAUGACAUGAUUAGGCAAGGGCUUGGAGAGGCUGCAAACAUUAUCUGUACACAACCUCGCAGAAUUUCUGCCUUGGGUCUGGCAGAUCGUGUUGCGGACGAGCGAUGUGUGAAGGUCGGCGAAGAAGUUGGUUACUCGAUCAGAGGAGAAUCAAAACAAAAGCCCGGUACUACAAAGAUCACAUUUGUCACUACUGGUGUGCUCUUGAGAAGACUACAGACAUCUGGUGGAAAACCGCAAGAUGUUGUUGAUGCUCUGGCUGAUGUCAGUCAUGUGGUUAUCGAUGAAGUCCACGAGCGUAGUCUGGAUACCGAUUUUCUCAUGGUGCUGUUGAGAGAUGUUUUGCAGGUCCGUAAAGACCUCAAACUGAUUCUUAUGUCUGCCACUCUCGAUGCGCAAGUCUUCAAGAGCUACUUCGCCGGCAAGAUGACGGUAAGCACAGUGGAGAUUGAAGGUCGCACGCAUCCAGUUCAAGACGUCUACCUAGACGAUAUUCUCCGCAUGACUGGCUUUGCGGGUGGCAUCACCGAGGAAGGUGACGAGGACGGCGGUAAGGAGCCUAGCAUGGGUGCAGCCCUUCGCAGCGUCGGCAUGAAGAUCAAUUACGAUCUGAUCUCCGAUACCGUCCAGACCAUCGACGAGCAACUAGGCUCAGAAGAUGGCGGUAUCUUAAUCUUCCUUCCUGGUGUGGCCGAGAUUGAUCGCACUCUCAAGACCCUCCAACAUCUACAUCACAUCCACGCUCUACCUCUCCACGCCUCGCUACAACCGGCCGAACAGAAACGAGUCUUCCCUCCAGCACCUGCCGGCAAACGCAAAGUCAUCUGCGCAACCAACGUUGCGGAAACUUCCAUCACAAUCGAAGACAUUGUCGCCGUCAUCGACAGCGGUCGCGUCAAGGAGACCAGUUUCGACGCCGCGAAUGGCAUGACCAAACUCGAAGAAGUAUGGGCAUCCAGAGCAGCAUGUAAACAACGUCGUGGUCGUGCCGGUCGUGUUCGCGCAGGUACUUGCUACAAACUGUACACCAAGCAAGCUGAAACCAAUAAGAUGGCUGACCGACCCGAUCCUGAGAUUUUGCGUGUGCCGUUGGAGCAGUUGUGUUUGAGUGUCAAGGCGAUGGGUGUGUUGGAUGUGCCUUCCUUCCUUGCUCGCGCUAUCACCCCACCUUCCACUUUAGCUGUCAGUGGUGCUUUGACAACGCUACAUCGCAUGGGUGCUUUGGAUGGUGCAGAGCUUACGGCAUUGGGUCGUCAUCUGUCUUCCAUUCCCGCUGACUUGCGAUGCGGCAAACUACUUGUCUACGGUGCUGUUUUCGGCUGCCUCGACGCUUGCCUGACCAUCGCAUCGAUUCUUACGGCACGCUCACCUUUCGUCUCCCCACCUGCUCGCCGCGACGAGGCCAAGACAGCACGUCUUGCUUUCGCACCAGGCGGUCAAGGAGACUUGCUAUGCGACCUCCGCGCUUUCGAACUCUGGACCGCUAAGCGCGCCGAAGGCAUGCCAUCCUCUUCCCUCCGCCAAUGGUGCGAUGCCAAUUUCCUCUCCACCCAAACCCUCUUCGACAUCCAGACCAACAGACGGCAAUACAUGUCCUCGUUGCAAGAGAUCGGCUUCCUGGGCUCAUCGCACGCAUCGGCAGCGCAAGAGUACAACGCAAGAAACACCAACACCGCACUCGUCCGCGCCCUCGUCGCCGCAGCAUUCUCACCCCAAGUCGCAAGGAUCGAAUUCCCGGAUACCAAGUACGCCGCCUCCGUCUCUGGCGCCGUAGCCCUAGACCCAGAAGCAAGAACUAUAAAAUACUUCCGCGAGCCAAACGCCACCGCCGCUCCCACUCUACCAUCUUCUGCACAAAAAGGCGCACAGCAGCAACCAGAACAAGGGAGCUCGAGAUUGUUCAUCCACCCAAGCAGCACGAUGUUUUCCUCUGCACCGGGAACUUCCUUUCCCCCAUCCACAGCAUUCCUAUCUUAUUUCUCCCUGCUAUCGACUUCCAAGACGUUUAUCCGCGACUUGACGCCGUUCAACGCAUAUACCUUACUCCUCUUCUCCGGCGAUAUAAGUCUAGACACCCAAAACAGAGGACUGGUAGUCGAUGGCUGGAUCCGCCUCAAAGGAUGGGCGAGAAUCGGAGUCUUGGUGGGAAGGUUGAGAGGAAUGUUAGAUCAAGUGCUGGAAGGCCUUGUAGAAAGACCUGGAGAAAAACUACAGGGUAGGGAGAAGGGAUUGGUGGAUUUGGUUGCGAGGUUGGUGGAACUGGAUGGAUUGGACAGGUAGAUUACAGUAUGUUCACAGUAUCAAUUGCAAGCAGAGGUGAAAUAAUUGCGAACAUCUUCCCAUUCUCUCGAUCCUUUUGAUCAUCUUUGUUUAUUCUUGCCAGAUCGAUUGAUCUUUUGUCGG